ACAGCAUCAUUCGCCUCUCACAGUCUACUUCUAACCCAGCCACCGAAGACUCUCCUAAAACCAGCGCCGGCAUCAUGAAAUCCCUUUUCGUUAUCCUCGUCGUCGUGGCCACGACUUCGGCUGCCAGCAUCAAGGCUAAGCGCGCUGUCAAGACCCAGAAUCCGUUGGCUUUCGGGGCGUUGGAUCAGCUGCGUGGACGCACCAAACUGAGCGUGCCCGAUCAGUACAACUUGAUCGCCACCGCGCGCGCCGGUCAGGAUUAUCCUAAUAAUGUCGCUAUUCCGCAGACGACCUUCGACUGCGGCAGCACCCAUCAACCAGGGUUCUACGCUGAUCCAUCCCCGGCUUCCCGCUGCCAAGUCUUCCACCGCUGCGACAUUAACGGCAACCAGACCUCGUACUUGUGCCCCAACAUGAGUGUGUUCAACCAGAUCACCCUGGUCUGCAACUGGUGGUUCGACGUGGACUGCAGCAAGGCCGCCUCUUUCUAUGACUACUCCAAUAGCCGUCUCUACCAGGGCGCCGAUAUUCCGCUGCUGGAUGACGUUGUCCGAAAGAUGACCGGCGCUGCUGCGUCCGGCCGUGUGCAGGUGGCCGCCGCUAGGGCUCCGGAGGAAGCCGCCCCAGCUGAAGCUGCUCCCGCCGAAGGCGAAGCUGCUGCUCAGUAGAUGUCACUAGAACUUGUGAAGGUGCGCAUUGCUCAUUGCAGUUUGCAGUUCCUGUGUCCUACUUGCCGUCGAUCUGCUCACCAAAUACAGCAUAGAUUUUGUAAAAUUGCAGUUGUGAAAUUGCCGAUGGCUAUCAUUGUAUGCGUGUAAACUCUAAACUGGACUGGAGAUCGGAUCACUGAUCGAAAGAAGUAAUUACACAAUUAUCAGUACCGGUUUCACUAAAAGUCGAAGUAAUGUGUAUUAGGAAAA